CUCGACUCGGCUCCCUUCAUUCACGCCGUGGGCUUUGGGGGAUCAGCGUGUGCCGCUUCUCUCGGGCUGAAGACCCCCGGUGCUGCGCCAUGUCCAGCGAAGGAGACUCUGGAGGUCAGGUGUCCACGACGGCGGUCAGCACCAUCGCCGUGCAGGCCGGCCAGUCGCAUAUCAUCGUGACGCUUCUCAAGUGUGGGAUGCUGGUGGAGCUGCAGCUGGCCGAGGCGGCACCAAACCUCCUGGAGAUUGGCAGCAGUCAAGAUGAGAGCCAGCAGUUACUGGCCGAGCACGAGCUCCUAAUGAAGAAGCUCAAGGCAAACGAAGAUGGCGUGUGGAGUUUACUGAGCAAGGCAGACAGGGUGGCAGAGGAGAAUGCGGAUCAGGAGCUCGUGUACGACGCCAUGGCCAGGACCCUGAGUGAGGGUUGGGUGGCUCUGGUGGGCCUGCUGGAGAAGCGCCGGGGGCUGCUGCUGCUCGCCUCUGAGUUCUUUGACCGGAGCGCUGAGUUUGCCAUCAAAAUCGACGAAGCAGAGGAACUGCAGCGAGAACUCAAAGGUGGUCCUGAUCCUGGGCACCUGGAGGACUUCCUUCACAAGCACAAUGGCAUCAAGAAAGUUCUUCUGGAGAAGUCCAUGGCCCUGCUCAACAAAAGCCAGGAGCUCCUCAGCUUCAUCAAGGACUUCCAGCAGGUGGAGGCCCUUGCCAACGUGGAUGCGGCCCGCCAUGCCCGUGCCAGCUGCCUGCAGGUGGACAGCCUGAUGGAGGUGCUUCAGGACAGAAGGCGACAGGUGGAGCGGCAGCUGAAACAGCAACUGUGUGACUUGGAGGGUCACGUGGGAGCCAGUCAGUGGGCUCAGGAGGAGCAGGAGGUCACCUCCUGGUUCAAAGAGAACAUGAAAGCCCACCUGGACAAAGAGCAGCUGGGUGCCUCGCUGUCUGAAAAUGAAAACCUGUUGCAAGAAUCCAAAGAGCUGGAGCAAAAGGCCAGAGAAUGGAGUCUGCGGGCAGACAGGCUGGUGGCUACAGCUAAGGAGCUUCUGGCGGCGGAGACCUGUGGAGAGCGGGAACGGCUGGCGGUCCGCAGCAAGGAGCUGGUGGCCCUGCAGGGGGAAUUCUGGCACCUCCUGCUGGAGAGAAUGACACGUCUGCAGGAGGCCAACUCGUUUUUCAGCAGUGCCAAUAAGGCCUUUGACAUCUUAGGGACCAUCGAAGGGCAUCUCAAAGUGCUGGGCACUCGGGCUCUGGCUUUGCCCGCACUUGCUAAGAAGCACGAGGAGCUCCUGAAGAGCAUCAAGGACACUGCCGCUGAUGCCCUGCAGAAAGGGCAGGCCUUCCUGAAGAGACCCCAGAGCACAUCAAGCAGUGGGAUUGAGAAAAUGGUGGGCUACAUCCAGGCCAGAGUGGAUCACCUGAGUAGCCAGUGUUACGGCCACCGAGACCUCAGCACUGCAUGUCAGAAGCUCAUCUCUGGCAUCGAGGACCACGUUGACAAGGUGUCCAGCUGGAUCCACACUUGCAGCGCUGUCCUUGCUGGGACCCUGGACCCGGGGUCUUCUCUCUCUGAAUCAGAAGAUGUCCUCAACAAACACCUGGAGAUGACCUCACAAAGCAAGGAUAUGGAAGCCGAGCUCGUGGCAAUGGGAGACCUCAUGGCAGAACUCCGCACACUUGAGUGCCCAGAAGUGGCCAAGUUUUCCAACAAAGCCUGCCUGCUGAGUGAUCAGCUGAAAACACUGAGCCGCAACAUCAGUGCCCGGGCAGAGCACAUCAAGGCCUACGUGACCUUCUUGAAGUCGGCCGAGGAGAUCGAUGAACAGAUGGGGAUCCUGGAAGAAUUUUACCAGAGCAAGCCAAUUGAGGAGGACAAGGACAAGGACAAGGGGGCACUGGAACAGGCCGACAGCAGAUGGCACUCGCUGCUUGAGAUGUUCCUCACGGUGCAGGACCAGGGCCACAGCUUCAUUAACUCUUCUAAAAUGGUUAGUGCCAACCUGAAUGUGAAUGUGGAGAAGGGUGUGACGGUGGUGGAAAACAUGAUGGCCAGUCUAGCCAAGAAGAAGGUGGCACUGGCAGACCUGUGGACCACCUGGCAGCUGCACGUCAACCAAAUGAAAUCUGUGAAGAAGCAAUGGAAGAAGUUCAAGGAGCAGCUGAAGAAGACGCUGCAGGAUUUGAAGGUGGUGGAGGACGGGCUCAUGCCAACAACCAAAGUGGACAUAGGGAGCGACCUGGGGGCCGUCACUCUGCUUAAGGAGCAUUUCGAGCACAUCAAGCCCCAGUUCCAGCAAAUCAAUGCAGAAGUCGAGUAUCUGGUGAAGAUCUCGGAAUUGCUGGCCUUGAAAGGAAUUCCCAUCAAGGAGAAGAACGAGAAGGUGGAUGAGCUCCUCCACGCCCACAAGCAAGUGAAGGAGAAAAUGAAAGAGUACGAGGGGGUCCUGAACAUGGCGCUCAGGUUCCACCAGCUCGGUGCCGAGCUGGAGAGUCUGUUGGGGUCUCAGACUGUGCCGGCGAUUCCCAAUAUGAGCCAAGCCAAGAUUCAGCUGAGCCAACACCAAGAAAAGCAGGUCCACGUCAGGAGCGUCUACCAGCUGGCCAUCACCCUCGGGAUGGACAUCAGCAGGGCGGUGCAGCAGUCGAAAGCUCUCGGGUUUUCAACGGAGCAACUGAAACAAAAGGUGGAUUCCCUGAAGUCGGAGAGCAUCAGCUGGACCACCGAGGCCAACAAAUGCGAGGAGAGCCUCCUGAGCAACGUCAACUGCUGUGCUGUGAAGGAGGAGACCACGGAGCUCAGAGAGUCCUUUAAGGAUCUCAAGAAGAAAUUCAACAACCUAAAAUUCAACUACAUGAAGAAGAAUGACAAGGCCCGGAACAUGAAAGCGGUCAAAUAUCAACUCCAGCAGGUCGAGAUGUAUGCGGAGAAAAUUCAGGUCCUGCAGAAGAAACUGGGCAGCAUCUCCACCAAAGUGAGCGCCGCCGCUGAACGGCAGGCCUUGGGAGAGAAUCCCGGGGAAAUCGAGGAGGUGCUGGGCGAGCUGCAGAAGCAGGUGGCCGACUUCGACAAGACGGUGGAGGAGUACAAGCAGCACCUGGACAUGUCUGUGCGGCUGCAGCAGGCCAUGGAGGAGUAUCAGUUCUGGUGUGAAGAAGCCAGUGCCACGGUGGUGCGAGUCGGGAAGUACUCCUCUGAAUGCCAAACCAAGGAGGCAGUGGGGAUCCUGUACAAGCAGUUUGAGAAGUUCGUCUGGCCCACCGUGCCCCAGCAGGAGGAGAGGAUUAAUCAGAUCACAGAGCUGGCUGUGCGGCUGCAUGGAGCUGAGGAGGGAAAGAAAUUUGUGGAGAAGACAGUCAGCAAGCACACAGAGAUCCUGGAGUCCAUAAAGGAAUUGUGCAAUGGCUUACGAGACCUGGAGGAGAAACUGCAGGUGGAGGCUAAUAAGGAAAUGAACAAAAAGAUGGAGGAGACCAACUCACGGCGGCAGGACACCAAGAUGGAGAGUCGUGUAAGUGUGGAUCUAAAGUGCGGAGCGGAUGCCAAGACGGACCUUAGGGCCGAAAACCGCAACCAGAGUGAAGAGCGAGAAUUGAAGAGCCCACCUCAGGAGGAGCGAGACGGCAGCUCCGAGCAGACCAAGUGUUUCUUGUCGACUGCACGACCUCUGCAGCUCUCUGCCUCCCCACUGGUGCCAAAGAGGAAGCUGACGGUCCUUCCACAGGCUGGACAAUGGGCACCAGACACUCAGCUCACCGCUCACGAGGUGCCCGUGGGGUUUUCGGAGUCGCCGGUUGUCGAAGUGGAUGGCGGUAGUCUUUCUCAGAAAAAACAGGAGGAGCCCCAGCAUUCGGAGGACCUCGACUUCUCAGACGGCUGCAUGGCGGCCGAAGCGGACCUUCACCACGAGUUCUUCAUGGAGGAGACCAUGUCAAACGAUGAAUAUGAUUGCGCUUCGCCAGAUGACAUCUCUCUGCCUCCCCUCUCCGAGACCCCCGAGUCCAACAUUCUGCAUUCGGAGACUGACCUGGAUGAGGGUGCUCAGAGUCCACAUGGUAACCAGUUCAGCCAGCAGGGGACGUCACACUUUGCAAACAGAAUGACUGGCAGUUUUGACGUCCUCACACCUGGAGCUGCUGCCGAGAUGACAAGCAGGAGGCGUGAGUGGACCCUGAGUGCCCCCGAGGGCUGCCCAUCACCCGGAGGGAGUCAGUAUCCUAAAUUCAGGUCGGAAUCAUCGUCCUUUGUCCGCAGUCCACUGACUGUCCCAGCACCAACCAUCAUCUCCAGCACCCUGUCCAGCAUCCUGAAAAGCAAAGCCAGUGGCAGCAGCGGCACCGUGCGCCAACACCAGGAGACCCACUACGCCAUUCACGAGAGUUUCUCGGAGACACAGGAGGAAGUGGUUGACUCCCAAAAUCUUCAUCCCUCUGUCAUCUUAGGGGUGCCGUCCACCCAGGCAUCUCCUAGUGGCAAGUCUGAAUUGGACAUGUGCAAGCCCACCACCAUUCGGGAAGAAAUCAGGCUGUCGCCGGGAAGCCGAGGCAGCACCAGCGUGACGGGACAAGGCCCGGGAUUCUCCAAACUCUUAGCUAAUGCCUCCGUCAAAGAGGGCUCCCCCGUCACCCUGGAGGUGGAAGUGACUGGAUUUCCAGAACCCGCUCUCACCUGGUACAGGAAUGGCCAGAAACUGAGCGGAGACGAACGCGUGACACUCUCACGCAAAGAAGGCAAGCACAGCAUCUUCAUUGCCAAGGCCACCGACAAAGACGCAGGCUUGUAUGUUGCCCGGGCCAAAAACUCUGGUGGCACGCUGUCAUCUAGCGCCAUCCUGCAAGUCCAAGCCGAGAGUCAGCCACCACACUUCAUCGCUUCCAUUGAGGACCAGGCCCUCCUGCUUGGAGAAGACCUUUUUCUGGAGUGCCGUGUUUCCGGGAAGCCCCCGCCAUGUGUGCUGUGGCUGAAAGACCGGACGGUGGUGGCCGUCGGAGAGGCCAGGGUCCCCAACCCCAGCGGCACCCACGUCCUGCUGAAGAGGCGCGUCCUGGUGGCGGACAGUGGGAGAUACGUAUGCGUUGCCAGAAAUGAGGCCGGGGAGGCGUGCAGCUCCGCCGUCGUCUUUGUCCAAGGGUCACAGGGAGCAGAAGCGUAUCCUGGUAGCCUCGGGCACAAGACAAGAACCAACUCUGGACAGGAUGCCAGUCGAUCACAGGGCACACCCAUGCACAUACCCAACCAGGGAAAUCUUGCGAGGAGCACCUGGUGGUGGCCGGUUUAUGGUGAAAUGAUGUUCUUUCCACUUCUAGAUUAUGGACCCAACGGUUCUCACUGGAACAUUGAGAAGUUUAGAAAGGGCAUCCGGGAGACCAGUGUGGCCACCACUUAUGGGUCACAGUCUGAAGAUCCCAAACGAGUGACAGCCAAGGCAUCAAGUCCAGAAAAAGGUCAAGUGUGCAACACACUGAGAUGGUGCUUUCACUCAUCCAAGAGCCAAAUUUGA